AUCGGAGGGGAUUGAGAUGGCAUGGGCCGUAGCCGAAAUUGGAAGAAGCCCUCCGCAGUAAACUACGCAUCUGGCUGACCCCACCCGCUCGCCUCCCACCCACGCGUUCCAGCUCACCGCCCACGACCACCUCGCCGGCGGCCGCAGCGGCGCCACGGUGCUCGGCUAGGGUUCCGCUUCACCCCCCUACCCCCCUAACGAAAGCGAGAGUGUGGCAUCCGCGCCCGCCCGGAGGGGCAAGUCGGAGAUGGUGUUCGUGUGGCUCACCGCGUUCUUCCUCGUCGUCGCACUCAUCGUGCUUGUCAUCUACCAGCUGAUGUGCUUGGCGGAUCUAGAGUUCGAUUAUAUCAACCCAUUCGAUUCAUCCUCUCGAAUAAACAAGGUCGUGAUGCCAGAAUUUGUGUUACAAGCACUUCUCAGCGUGCUGUUCCUCUUAUCUGGCCAUUGGGCGAUGCUGUUACUUUCUCUCCCAAUGGUGUACUACAAUUAUACGCUAUACCAGCGGCGACAACAUCUGGUAGAUGUGACGGAGAUAUUUAAUCAACUUGGCCGUGAGAAGAAGCGGCGCCUUUUUAAGAUAGUCAGCCUCAUAGUUCUCCUGUUCCUGUCCUUGUUCUGGAUGAUCUGGAGUGUGUUGUCGGAGGAGGACGAGUAGGCUGACAAGAUCCGGAUGGUAGCUCACUCUGGCCUUGCAAUCGUUAGUUAGGCUAUCUGGUUCAAUGUGAGGCAAAAAAAGAAAGGAAAAAAAAGGCAACAUGCCCCCCCCUCCCCCCAACAGUGAGCGAGAUUGAUGCACCAGGCUGGUUAUUGUUCAGUUCAGUGGAAGCUCCAACUGUUGUAGCGUGCGCCAUGUGUAUCGUGAGCCAUUCCCGCCAUUUGUUGAGCUUGAUUGGACUGCGCAUCAAUACUCACGGGGCAAAGAAAUAGUUACACAGAUUAAGUAUGUGCUCUUUUUAAUUUGCAUAAACCCUGGUAAGCUGCCACCAUGUUUGAUGGUUCAUUGUUUUAUCUUUUGCUGGAGUUCCCCUCGUAUCUCAUGUUACCCCGCCGGCCCGCCCCUAGUCGUCAUUAGCAGUGCAUUUGCUGGUUAAAUUGCCGCCACACUGAGUUUCCAGCGCAUCUUGCUGGUACUGGAUGCAGCUCAUCACCGGGUGCUCUGUGAGCAGCUGUGCUGGACCAGGAACUGCAGAUCUCACUCUUUAUCGCUCCCUAUUUUAAACUUUACUC